AUGAAUUUAUCAAAAAUAAUUCCAUUGACUCCAGAGCUUCGUUUACAUCUGAAAUGGUGGUUACAGGAUCAGAACAUUCUGAAGGGUUAUUAUUUUCAAACAAGGUCAUACCCACAUAUAAUUACCACCGAUGCAAGUUUAUACGGCUGGGGAGCACAUAUGAAGGGUUAUACAGUGCAAGGCCGUUGGUCUGCGAGUCAGAAACUUAUGCACAUAAAUUGUCUGGAAAUGAAAGCAGUAUUGCUAGCUGUGUCUCAUUUCCUACCAUUUGUGAAAUCUCAGAAUGUUCUGAUUCGAACCGACAAUACGACAGUGAUGCAAUACAUAAACAAACAGGGGGGCACCAAGUCCCCAAAAUUAUGCAAGAUGAGUUGGGAUUUGUGGAAUCUGGCUUUGGAGAACAAGAUAUUACUUCGAGCAGCACAUGUCAAGGGCAAACAAAAUUGUCUUGCGGAUCUUUUGUCUCGGAAGGAGAUAAGGGAUUCAGAAUGGUCUCUGAAAGAUUGUUUUCUUCAGAAAAUUUUCAAUCUGUGGGGUCAUCCAUUAAUGGAUCUCUUCGCAACGGAAAAGAACAAGAAGACAAUGUUGUUUUGCACUUGGAUUCCGUCCCAGUAUGCAUAUGCGACGGAUGCCCUGUCGGUUGCUUGGCAGAACAUGUUUGCGUAUGCUUUCCCACCAAUACAACUUAUACCCAAAGUACUUUCUCACAUGAAACAGUACAAGUGCACAGUCAUUCUGAUAGCACCCUUUUGGCCUCGUCAACAAUGGUUCCCCACACUUCUCAGCAUGUUAGUUGCGAAUCCUCUACAACUUCCAUGCAGUCCAGAUCUGUUGUCUCAAUGUCAGGGAAAAGUUCUCCACCCAGAACCAGAGAAACUGAACUUGGCUGCAUGGAUGUUGUCGACCGAAUGUGGUCGACAAAGGGAUUUUCUAAAAAAGCUAGAAAGUUGCUCAAAUCAUCUUGGCGUAUGGGAACAAGAAAAGACUAUAGUUCCAAAUUUAAACAAUUUCGUUGUUGGUGUGCUUCACAACAAAUUAAUCCAUAUGAACCAUCUUUAA